UUGGGGUCUCUGCAGGCCGGGCGAACAAACGGGGAGCGAAGGACGCUCUCCCUCUCGUAAGCAGCAAAGCCACCUGCGCGCCACGCUUACACAACUUUGGGAGGGAGUCAACUCCGCUACUUGAAGCGCUCUAAAUCGACAGGCGGGGCUGCACUACUCUUGCUUUCAGCAAGUAUACACUCUCCUCCAUAUAUCUUAGCUAUCGCCGCUCGUGGAUUAUAUCCGUCGAUCACCGCACGGAACUGCUUUCGGUGAAGUGAGCAGAAGUCGCGAAUUUAAAACUCCUCUGUGCGGUGCAACAGUAACUGCGAAUAACCGGCGCACCGAACUCAGCCUCCGAACUCGACGGCAACAAACCGAAAUCUUCCUAGUCGGCCUCGCUAGACAAGAUGGGUUGUGGAGCCUCACACCAAAAACAGCCCUACGCAAUGUCCCCGGUCGCCGUUCCCGGCGUGGCGCCGAUGCAACAAACGGAUCCCACGGCGCUUCCCGCCGCCGCUGCCGCCAUCGGAGUCCCCGCGACCGACACUACCGUCCCCAUCCCCGGUCCAGGCACAGGAGCCAUUCCGACUGCCAGUGCGACGAAAUUGAUCUCCGCUGACGACGCUGACAAACAUGGCCAGACUCAGAAGGGGAAGGGCCGGAGCGUCGAUGCUUUGAACGACGCUGUUCCUUCUGCUAGUGGCGGUGGUAGCUCGCAGAACCCAAAGGGCUCGAACAACGCCCUCGCCACAUCUCGAUCCACCGGUGCGCUGAACUCCAAUGUCAAUACCAACAACACUCAUGACGCUAUCGCUGCUGGUGACGGAAGCAAGCAGGCGCUGAAUGCAAACGGCAUAGGCAGCGAGCGGAAUUUGAAAAAAAGCGGGAGCAGAAAUGCCAUUGUGAACUCGAAAGGGAAUGUUACUGGUGGUGAUGCUGGGCCUGAGGGGAAGGUUGGAGCUGAGGAUAGGAAGGGGUAGGAGGCAUUGGGAUACUGGCUGGCAUUUGUGACAUUAAGGAAAAGGGGUGGAUGCGGAACAAGAACGAGAAGGAUGGUAGCACUUCAUCGGAUGUCAGAAAUUAAGUAAAAAUAAUGCUCGCUAUAAUACACAGAAACAUGGUCAAAACGCGGGGACUUCAGUUCGCGCUGCUCCAUGUAUUAUCCGCCACACAUUAAUUAGGAGAACCCGUAGCUUUUCUAUUCUCCCGACUGUCCGGGAGGGGAGGACGCUUGCCGUACGUAGGAGCCUUGCACGCAGUCC